AUUAGUUUCUUUCCCCUGCUUCCACAUUGAAAUCAAAAGCAGACAUGGGAACUUGACAGAGUAAGAAGAUCGAAUAAUACAAUACAAUCGACGAUGGCAAUCCCAGAAGACGAAGCUGCAGCCUCAGGAGCAGAAAGUGCUCAACCUCAGAAUCCCAUUCCCAACGGUAACCCAAAUCAAAAUCCAAAUGCAAAUCCAAAUCCAAAUUCCAAUCAAAACCCUAACCCUAACUCGCCUCAUACCACUAAAGGAUCCAUAGGGAAAUCGUGCAAGGGAUGCACCUACUACUCAUCGGUUUAUAAAACCAAAUCCAAAAAUCCCACAUGCGUGGGCAUUCCCAGAACACUCCAGCAAGUACCCCCUUUUCUUGUGGGAGAAGCUGAGUUGGAAGCUAUGAAAGACGGCCGCAGUCUUGCAAAUUUCAAGUAUGCCUGUAUUGGGUACUCUGUUUACUUAGACGACAAAGACUCUUCAGCUGACUUGCAAGAUAAAAAGGCAAAAUUGCCCUUUUGCCUUGGUCUAGAGGUUGUCUUAGAAGAGAAACCAAAACCUGCGGUUGGCCAUGAUAAAACUGAAGAUGAACAUGGUACUCCUAAACCUGGAAGAUACACCCCUCCAAAUCGUACAACUGAGUUCUUCAACAGGUUUCAAAGAAAUGCAGGCCUGGUGGUAUCCGGUGUUGCCAAAGACUUGAACAGAGCGGGUAACUACGUGAAAGAUCUCCUAAAUGACAUUCUAAACUAAUUCUAUAAUACACCUUUCAUGUUUGGUAAAUCCAUGCUCCCUUAAGACGAUUUUAGAAUUCGAUCAUCACCCCUGAUGUGCAAGUUGCAUUAUAGAACUUCUUCGACAUUUUAUCUAGGCCAACGAAGGUUACUGUUGUUUUAAUUCGUGUCGGAAAUAAAUUCAAUUUUGCAUACUGCAUCUUAGGUCAA